GCAGUUUGCAGGCCGCCCGCCCGGAGAAAGUGAGAAGUCGCCCUCUGACCUCUCGCUUCUCUCUGACAUUCCAUCUCUGCACAAAACCCAAUUUUAUUUUCAACAGUUUUGUUAAUUUAAAUCCAUUUUUAAAUUAUUUUAUUCGGAAAGUUCCCAUUUUGCACCAACCCUUUUGUCAAAGUCACUCCUUCCUGUCUCGUUCACCACCGCAGGCUUGUAUAUAUCCCACAACCAAAGGAGACGUUUUUUUUCAGCUUAUGUAUCUCUCUGUAUUUGUGUGUCACCCAAAGAACACAACCCUUUUUGUCUGAAAUUUGUUGGGUGCUUUUCAAAGAUAACUUAUUAGAUAGUGGAGUUCUCAUCAAUUUGGGGACAUAAAGAUGCCUGGCAUUGUUAUGGAUGAAAUCACUGAAGAAGGGGUUGUGAAUGAACCGAAUGGAAAUUUUGGAGCUCUCAAGGAAAAUUCAGUUGCAAAUAAGUCUCUGAAGGGUACUUUGAGUCCGCAAAGCCCUCGGGGUGCAGGUAUUGAUCCCCCUGUUAAUGGGGUGGUUGAGCCCUCAAUUGAGCAGCUUUAUGAAAAUGUGUGUGACAUGCAAAGUUCUGAUCAGUCACCCUCUAGGCGAAGCUUUGCAUCUGAUGGUGGAGAGUCUAGGAUUGAUUCGGAGUUACGCCAUCUCGUGGGAGGGGAGAUGAAGGAGUUGGAGAUAAUGGAAGAAGAAGUGGUUGAUAAACCAGAGAGUGAUUCUCAUAGUGAUUCUUCCUCUAAGAAGGGAAAUUCAUCCACUGGGAAGAAGUCAGGGAAGGUGGACAAGUCCCAAUCUGCAAGUACAAAGUCUGUUUCUCCAGGGCGCUUGAAGAAAGCUUCUCGGCCACAGGUGGACUGUGAAGCAUCAUCAAAACCUAGUCCUAAGGUCAAAAGUCCUCCCGAGGUACCACCCACCGAUAAGCGGAAUGAUAAGAGUUUGAAAAAACAAAAUGCGGGUGUCACUCAUGUGAAGAAACAGAGAAAUUUGCCUUCAGUAGGGUCUAAGUUACAGAAUGGAUCUCAGGGUUUGACCGACUCAGACUUAGCCAAUCCAGAUCUGGGACCCUUUUUACUUAAGCAAGCAAGGGAUUUGAUCUCUUCAGGGGAUAAUCCCCAGAAAGCACUCGAAUUAGCACUUCGAGCAGCAAAAUCAUUUGAAAUAUGUGCAAAUGGGAAGCCCAGUUUAGAACUGGUCAUGUGCUUGCACGUUACAGCGGCAAUAUACUGCAGCUUAGGCCAGUACAGUGAGGCAAUUCCAAUUCUUGAGCGUUCAAUUGCAAUUCCAGCUAUUGAGGAAGGUCAAGAUCAUGCCCUUGGUAAAUUUGCUGGUCACAUGCAACUGGGUGAUACUUAUGCAAUGGUUGGCCAGCUUGAGAAUUCAAUAAUGUGUUACACAACAGGGUUUGAAGUCCAGAGACAAGUUCUGGGAGAGACUGAUCCAAGAGUUGGCGAGACUUGUAGGUAUUUGGCUGAAGCUCAUGUUCAAGCACUGCAAUUUGAUGAGGCUGAGAGGCUCUGCCGGAUGGCACUUGACAUUCAUAGAGAGAAUGGUUCACCUGUUUCUCUUGAAGAGGCAGCAGAUAGGAGGCUUAUGGGUCUUAUAUGUGAAACAAAGAAAGAUCAUGAAGCUGCGCUUGAGCACCUUGUUUUAGCCAGCAUGGCCAUGGUGGCCAAUGGUCAGGAAGUGGAGGUCGCUUCUGUUGAUUGCAGCAUUGGUGAUUCAUACUUAUCUUUGUCCCGGUAUGAUGAAGCUAUUUUCGCUUAUCAGAAAGCACUCACAGUUUUCAAGACCAUCAAAGGAGAGAAUCAUCCUGCCGUUGCCUCAGUCUUUGUCCGUCUGGCUGACGUGUAUAACAAGACGGGUAAAGUAAAGGAAUCAAAAUCAUACUGUGAAAGUGCCCUCCGGAUCUAUGAAAAGCCCAUUCUUGGGGUCCCUCCUGAGGAGAUUGCCAGUGGACUCACAGAUGUUUCUGCUAUCUAUGAAUCAAUAGAUGAGCUUGAGCAGGCUCUCAAAUUGCUACAGAAGGCAUUAAAGAUAUAUGAUGAUGCCCCUGGUCAGCAAAGCACAAUAGCCAGCAUAGAAGCCCAGAUGGGGGUCAUGUACUACACGUUGGGGAAUUAUUCAGACUCUUACAAUUCCUUCAAGAAUGCCAUUUCCAAGCUCCGUGCAAGUGGAGAGAAGAAAUCUGCCUUCUUUGGAAUUGCUCUCAACCAAAUGGGCCUUGCUUGUGUGCAGCGCUUUUCUAUAAAUGAGGCUGCAGAGUUAUUUGAAGAAGCCAGGAGUGUUUUGGAACAAGUGUGCGGACCAUAUCAUCCUGACACACUUGGAGUGUGUAGCAAUCUCGCGGGCACUUAUGAUGCAGUUGGCAGGUUGGAUGAUGCGAUUGAAAUUUUGGAACAUGUUGUUGGAACGAGGGAGGAAAAGCUUGGGACAGCAAAUCCUGAUGUAGAUGAUGAGAAGAGGAGAUUGGCUGAGUUAUUAAAAGAAGCAGGCAGAGGUCGAAACAGAAAGGCCAGAUCACUAGAGAACCUCCUCGAUGCCAACUCUCAUAGUGUAAACAAUGAUGGCGUCAAGGUAUGAUGAGAAUGUUUAUAGAUUCAGGAAUGAAUAUCAUGUAUUAUAGGUCUUAUUUAUGUGUAAAAAGAGAGAAAGAGAGAGCAGAAGAAAGAGCGGGGAUUUGGAGGGGUGUUGAUCAGAUUCGGUUGAAUGAAAUAAUUGCAGGGUGGAGAGUUCAAUUGUACUAUUGUUUCACGGAUUGGAUUAUUGGUUAAAGGUUAUAUUAUUUUGUAAUCCACUUUUGAAGUAAUUAUGGUAUUCUGUAACAAUAAUUUCUUUUGGAUCA